GCGCAAAGACGAACGCAAACGCGGUGCCGCAGUGCGCGGGCAACGCAACACCGCAACAGUGCGACACUCCAACACUACAAUUUUUCGUGGUAGGUAAUCUUACAUUCUCAAUAUUCUCAUUUCUCACCAGUAAUACACCCCAACGUCCCCAACCUGCAGCGCCAGGACGACUUCCGCCCCUACCCGAAUAGCUCAUCACCAGCAGCUUAUCAGCGUGAUCGUGCGCACUUUGGUCGACGGAAUCGUUUGUUAUCGUUUGGUGUUUGUAAUCGUAUUUCGUUCACUGAUUGCUGUCGACAGUCAACAGUGAACACUUCAACGGUAACUAACUCGCAACGUUCUAUGCCCGGCACGACGGUGCCUGCGGUGAACAAUAAUAAUCGUGUCGUCGCAGUAAUAAAUUCGGGCAGUCGUUGGUGCGGCGGCGAUUGGAGAGGAAUGAAAAAUAUGUGAGCAGAGCAAAAAAAAAAAUUUGUCUGGAAAAAAAACUUGUCGACGGACGCAUUAUUGAUUCCGUUCCACAAAUUCGAUUGCGACGGGAUUUCGUUGUUGCUCAGUCAGCGCAUUUAUGCGUUGUUGCUCGGUUUUCUUCGGACAUGUCUUGCACUAAACAUGGUUUGAGAUGCGCCCUGUAGCCCUUGAUCACGCUACGAACAGUACUAACCAAUAGCGUCAAAUCGUUCCACGAUCUCCCUUGACGGCGAGGGAACAAUGUUAACGCUGUUCAGCAACGCCUAUAACUACACUGCUUCAAUUACAGUCGGCUACAUUGGGGUAGAUGUUGAUUUGUGGCUCUGGAUGACAUGGCUGCUUUGGCCACUCAUUGUUACGUUUCUGUUGCCCCUCACCAUCGUUCUGUUGUUCUACAUAACUGGUGUUAUACUCUAUAUCUAUAAACUUCACAGGGAAAGACUUAUAAAUGCAUAUGAAAAUAAUUUUUGGGAUGGUGCAUUAAAAACUGUAGCUGCAUUAUGGGAUGCUCAUGGUUGGAUUUGGCAUGGAUAUGAAGUAAAUGGCCUUGAAAAUGUACCUAUUGACAGUCCAGCUUUGUUAGUGUAUUAUCAUGGUGCUAUUCCUAUUGAUUUGUAUUACAUGAUUUCUAGAAUAUAUUUGCUAAAAGCAAAAUUAGUUCAUACUGUAGCCGACCAUUUUCUAUUUAAAUUACCUGGAUGGUCAAUAAUAUCUGAACCAUUAAAAGUAAUACCUGGUACUGUACAGACUUGUUCAGACAUACUAAAAGAAAACAAUCUUUUAGCGAUUUCGCCUGGUGGUGUUUAUGAAGCUCAAUUUGGUGACAGGUAUUAUAGACUUAUGUGGAAAAAGCGAUUUGGUUUUGCUAAAGUAGCUAUAGAUGCUAAAGUACCUAUAAUACCAGUAUUUACACAAAAUAUUCGUGAAGCAUUUCGUUGUAUUGGUAUUGGUCGUCGAUUCUGGUUGCGAAUAUAUUUAUGGACCAGAUUGCCAAUAGUACCAAUAUAUGGAGGGUUUCCCGUCAAACUAAGAACUCAUAUUGGUAAACCAAUUCCAUAUGAUCCAGAUCUAUCCGCCGAAGACUUACAAAAAAAGGUGGCAAGUGCAAUUGAAGAAUUAAUAUGUCAACACCAAAAAGUGCCUGGCAAUAUACUGAGAGCUCUCUGUGAACGUGUUUAUAACCCUUUAAACUGUAGUAAGAAAAAAACAUGACAUUACGCUUUACUUACUAGCGAUGGAAAAGUUUAAACUGAUUGUCACGGUAUUUGGACUGUGCUGUGGUUCAUUGUAAUUUGUAACAAAUUGAAACUGAAUUCUCUAUAGCAUAAUUUAAUUAAUGAAAUCUUAACUUUUUAAGUAUUUAUAAGUUAUAUAUUAUGUAUAAAAAAAAACUCGGUUUAUAGUUAAUUUAUUACUAUCUGUAAAAACUGAUUUUUUAUUUUUAUUUGGUUAAGUACUUAAUUCAUUUCCAAAUCAGUGGUUCUAUCAAUAUUUAUGUUAAAUUUAAUUCUGUUAUUUAUUGACAGCUACAUAACAUACCACACCCAAACUUCAAAAUAAAUUUUACUAAAAUGUUCAUGAAAAGGCUUAAUAUUGUUAAUAUUGGUAUAGAUAAAUAUAUGUCUAUUAAUUUUUAUUAUUUAAACAUAAUCUACUUAAGUUUGUUUGGAGUAAAAAAAAGUACUAAUUAAAAAAUGGUAUUGGAGUGUAGCUGUGAUUAUAUUAUAUUGUAUACUGAGACUUUUGAUAGUUGUUGAUUUUGGUGUAUAAUAAUUUAUUAUCUGAAUUUUGUGUUCAAUUAUUAAUAUGUAUGUGAUAUGAAAUUGUUUACAUAUUAUUUAAAAUAAUCAUUAAUGGUUAUGAUAAAUUUGAUUCCCAUUUGUUGUAAUUUGGCUGUCCAGUUUUUAUUUUUAUUUACCAAAAUGAUGUGCUAAUGAAGAAAUUAUUUUAUAAUUUAGUUAAAACUACUUUGUGAUAUUUUUUUAAAUAUUUAUUAUUAUGUAUUUGACACUUUGUGUUUAGAUUGUUUAGAGAUUCUGAUAUUUAUUUUUAUGUUAUAUUUAAACUUAUUUGUAUUUUAAAACAUUAUAAAUUAUGACUUAUGUUA